AUGCCUGCACUAAAACUUCUGCAGUAUCCAGCACUCCUGCAGCAUCCGGCUCACUCCUGCAGCAUCCGGCUCACUCCUGCAGUAUCCAGAAUCCCUGCAUCAUCCGGCUCACUCCUGCAGCUUCCGGCUCACUCCUGCAGCAUCCAGCUCACUCCUGCAGCAUCCAGCACCUCCACCUGCACAUAUUGCGGAAGGUGGGGACACUUCACCUCUGCCUGUUUCAGAAGAUUAAACGACGGAAACAGACAACGGGAAACAAAUUGUCCCCCACGAACACGGACCAAUCGACGCUCAGUGAACCGCAUUGAAAACGACCAACGGAACCCACGUAGCAGUGGUAGUGACAUAGAAUACGUGUUCCACACAGCUGGAGCUCGGAACUUGCCACCUCCAAUUGAAAUGGAUACUCCAGCAAACAGGAGUUCAUCUUUAUUUUUGGGGCUUCUCAACCAAAUAAAAGAGCAACUUGAUGAACAAUCACAAACUCUCCACAAAAUCAAUUCCACAGUCCAGAAACUUGAAGCUGAAAACGCUCUUUAUAAACAAGAAUUGAUGACCGCCCACACCAAUAUUCACCAGUUAUCAUCUCUUUUGGAUAACGAACGACGAAAAUCUCAUUUGUCUUUGGAGAGACACUUCAUCCAAAUGCAAGAAAUGCUGUGCACAGAAAUGAAGAGAAUGUCACAUGAAAUAAAUGAAUUGAAGCUUAAAUGUUGUCAACAGAACUUUCCUGCCACUCCUUCAUCAACUGCUUCUAGCAGUUUCCAACAAAGCAAGAGAUUGUCACAAAAUGCAACAUAUUUGCGUCCUCAAAAUGAUGUUUAUGAAGACGCUCUCAAGUUUUAUCAAAAAGUUAAGAAACGUCCAACAACAGCUGCUUCAACAGAUUUUCAAAAUCCAUUGUACUCCUCUUCAAAUGUCCAACAGAUGUCAACAAAAUGUAACUCGGCACCUUGUCCACAACCGUCUGUGCCAGAGCCACAAGUCAUGUCUCCCCUCAACUCCAUCCAGAAAAUGCUACACCCCAGACAGUCACGCAAGAAAAUUCAUGACAAAACCUCUAGAACUGAUGCCAGCCGUUCGAAAAUGUCCAACACUUCAUCUGACCAAGACCUUGAUUCUUCCCCAAACCAGGCCAUAACUAUUUCUUCCACUCAGAAUCUCACAUUGCAGGUUGAUGAAGAAGAUCUUCAUUCUGAUGAUUCCAAUUUUGAUUUGCUUGAUUCUCGCAGCUUUGGAAAGUCCGAAGAUGGCUUGGAAAGUAGCUCAUCCGAAGACUUGGCUUUAGAAUGGCUGUGGCUGGACCAAAAAAAAAACCCUCUCAAAAAAAAAAAAGAAAGUAAUAUUGUAAUAUCCCAGCAACAGAAGGGAGAUAACCCCUAG